AAAAACCCCAACUUUCGAAAACUCCAAUUUUUUUUCCUUCCCCUUUUCCAUUUUCAGAGAAAUUCUUUUGAUUUUUCCCACCGGACAAACUCCCAGUUUCGAAUUUUCGUUCCCCUCAUUGCCAAUCUCUCAUCCGCAAUCCCGAUUUCCUCACUUUCCGGGGAAUUUCGUGUGAUGAAUUUGGAAAGAGAAUCUGUGUCCUGUCUUAGUUAAGAUCUUGUACCGGUGUAUAUCCAGUUGUUGAUCGUGUUUGCCGGAGUUUUGAUGGUGGAUGACACACGGGUUCGUGUUUGAUUUCCACAACCUGUUUGCUGUAUUUCCUCAAAGACCUGACCUGAGGAUAAUUACAAUCUGGAAUGGAGGAUGAAAUCACCUGGUUUUCCGCAUUUUCAUUCUGAAAUUCGGAUUAGCUUGCGGAUUAAGAGAAGGGUAACGUCUCAACGGGUUUAGAUCCACAUCAGCGAAACUUGUUCCUCAGAAAGAUUGAAGCAAGUGUUCGUAUAUUGACCUCUACGGCCUUGAGAAUGCAGGGUUUUUGUCCGGGUGGAGAAGAAUAGGACAUAGGCUUUUCAUUUUUUUUUGCUCGGACAGCAUGACAAUGGAGGUUCCCGGCAGCUCCAGCUCCAACCAGCAGGUAGAUAGGGAUAGUUUCAGCAGGGACAUUAGCCGUGUUAACAGCAGAAACAUAGAUAAUAUCUGUAUCCAGACAGGGGAGGAGUUUUCAGAUGAGUUCCCGAGGGAUCGUGCCACUCAACGAAGAGCACAUAUUGCCAGUAACAACGUUGAGAACAGCCAUAAUCGCCAGCUUGUUUACGAGGAUCUCAAUCGAAUCCUCGGCCUUCAGAGAGUUGAUUCUGAUGUUUCAGACGUUAUUCCCCUUAGCGGAUAUUCAGCCGAGCCCGAUUCUCAGCUUCAUCGGGAUAGUAGUAUAACAAGAUACAUGGACCAUGCUGUCAGUGACAUGCAUCGGAUGGGCGGAAAUUACUACAACAAUGCUGCUCAUCGACCAAAUCCCGUGCCCUUCGACAUUACAACAGACUCACCUCGGAUGUAUCACACAGCAUCGGAUGCUUCUUUGCCGGGAAAACUGAAGUUUCUCUGCAGCUUUGGGGGAAGGAUCUUACCACGGCCAGGUGAUGGGAAGCUUAGGUACAUUGGAGGAGAGACUCGGAUUAUCUCGAUAAGGAAACAUGUUGGUCUCAACGAACUGAUGCAAAAGACGUAUGCUGUAUGCAAUUAUCCCCACACGAUCAAGUACCAAUUACCCGGAGAAGAUCUCGACGCGUUGAUCUCUGUUUGCUCGGAUGAAGAUCUUCUUCACAUGAUUGAAGAGUACCAAGAGGCUGAGAAAAGAGCGGGUUCUCAAAAGAUACGGAUAUUUCUCGUGUCUUCAGUUGAACCGGAUAGCCCGAACUCUUUCAAUGGGAGGAGCACAAACACGAACAAGAACAUGCAGCAGCAACCAGAUUUUGAUCAUUAUCACUAUCUUUCCGCUCUUAACGGUGUUGUGGAUGCGAGUCCUGGGAAGAGUUCCAGUGGCCAAAGCAUGGCAAGUCAGACCACACAGUUCGGGAAUAAUGCUUCAGACUUUAGCCCUACAUUUCAUCGAGACUCGCCUACUUCUGGUCGUACACUGGAAAACAAAGACUGCAGUCCAACCACGUCGAAUUUCUUGGCCGCUUUUCCAAACCCUGGUCCUGUUCACUUCAUGCCUGCAAUGCAGAUUCCGAGGAAUUCAUUUGGUCAGCAAUCUCCUCCUUCAUCGCCAUUUCCAGUUCACCAGAGAGCAAAUACUGACAUCCCAUACUUCGUUGAUUCGAAUGGGUUCUUCGACAAUAACAUAUCUUACGUGGUUCCUCCUAACUUUCCGCUACAGCAUCAGUUCUUGAUGGAGACUAAACAAAUGCAGAAGCAGUCGGAAAUGAAUUUUCAUUACCGGAGCCCGAGCGGUGACAUUUUCCCUCAUCCCAACCAAACUUGUCAAGCUUAUAUGGGAUCUAAGAAACCGAUGCUCAAGAAAAACGCUCUUUCUGAUCCACUGCUGCAUGAUGAGAGCCAGAGUAACAGUAGGUUGGAAUCAAUUACCCCACAGAGAUGGAAAAUAGUGAGAGAGAGAUUACCUUCCUUGGCCAUGUCAAAUUCUGCAGUGAAAUGGCAAGAGCCUAGUCCCUCUGUCAAGAAUCCAGAGAACAUAUGCAAGGACAACAGCCUUGAGUUUUCUAUGGAAGUCCCGAAAUGGAUUGACCAUGAUGAUCCUGGUCCUUUUGAUCAGACCAACCCCAUGAGUUCAAACUUCCAACCCUUCGACCGUGUUACUUCACGUCAUUCACAAGACUCAGGAAGCUCGGUAUUCACUUUAUCAGUGAACCCGAAUGAAAGUUCUGCCGAUGCUUUGAGGGAGAAAUUGAACGAUGUUCAACUAGAUACUGCUCCGGUUACUGAGAUCAGAAGCCAGAGUGGUCAAGCCGAUUACCAUGCAUCCACCAGGAAUUUGCUGGAUGAGUCUGAAAGACGGGAACCGCCCAUUCCAAGAUGUAAUUUGGAGAUAAGUGAUGAUGCAAGCACUCGGAGUCCUCUUCCUAGAGAAAACAGUUUGCAUUUUUGUGAAAUGCCGCUUGGAAAGGUGGGAUCUAGCGAUGCUGUGUUCUUGCACACGCAGGAUUCGAAUGAUUUCCGCGAAAACAAGUCUCUUGGUCCGGCACUCAUAGUUGUGGAUGUGACGAACGGAAUAGAUUCAGUGGUCCCAAUAGAAUCUACUAUCCUCCCUCGUGUACAGAGCGAGUCGGAAGAUAAUAAUUUCUAUUCAAGGGAAGAAAAGGAAACUGGCGACGGUCAUGAAUUCGAAAUUGAGGAAAAGGAUGGAAACCGCAGAAAUACUAAUGAAUCAAUCAGCGAGUCCGCAAUGGUUGAAAUUGAGGCUGGGAUUUACGGCUUACAGAUUAUAAAGAAUGCGGACCUCGAGGACUUACACGAGCUUGGGUCGGGGACGUUCGGAACUGUUUAUUACGGGAAGUGGAGAGGAACUGAUGUUGCUAUCAAGAGGAUAAAGAAUAGCUGUUUCUCUGGAAGAUCAUCCGAGCAAGAACGGCAGACGAAAGAUUUCUGGAGAGAAGCAAGGAUAUUGGCAAACCUUCACCAUCCAAACGUGGUGGCGUUUUAUGGAGUCGUACCAGAUGGACCCGGUGGAACUAUGGCGACUGUAACCGAGUAUAUGGUGAAUGGCUCUCUGAGACAUGCCCUGCAGAGAAAAGACAGCAGAUCGCUUGAUAGGAGGAAAAAGCUCAUGAUAGCUCUGGAUGCUGCAUUUGGAAUGGAGUAUCUGCAUAUGAAGAACAUCGUUCACUUUGAUCUGAAAUGCGACAAUCUGCUCGUCAACUUGAGAGAUGCUCAGAGACCGAUCUGCAAGGUGGGUGAUUUCGGGCUGUCCAGAAUAAAACGAAACACUCUGGUCUCGGGUGGUGUAAGGGGAACCCUUCCAUGGAUGGCACCUGAGCUUCUAAAUGGAAGCAGCAACCGUGUCUCUGAGAAGGUAGAUGUCUUCUCAUUCGGAAUAGCAAUGUGGGAGAUCUUGACAGGGGAAGAACCCUAUGCAAACAUGCACUGCGGCGCCAUCAUCGGUGGAAUUGUGAACAACACGUUGAGACCGCCGGUGCCGGAGAAGUGCGAGAAAGAGUGGAGAAAGCUGAUGGAGCAAUGCUGGUCGUUCGAUCCCUCCGACCGCCCUUCUUUCACGGAUAUCGUUGACCGUCUCCGUUCCAUGUCCGCUGCCUUGCUCCCCAAGCGACGAAUCUGAGCCGUCCGAUCAACUUCAGACCAUGAAUCUACUCAUGUUGUAAGAUGUUCACUUUUUUUGGGGUUGUCCGAAUUAUUGGCCGAGAGGAAUCUAAUACAAAAAAAAAUGGGGGGAAAUGCUAGAUUCCAUCAUACGGAGUUUGUAAAAAAUAUAGUAUUUGAUUUGAUUAUACACAUUGGGGGGUAAAUUAGUUGUACCCAAAAGUUGAGGGGUCAUUGUGUUAUAUAUGAGAAAUGUGUUUCUCAAUCA